AUGGGGGCUAAGUUGGUAUGGCAAAUGUAUAGUAAACCGAAGCAGAGAUGGGUCAGAAUUAUACAAGCUAAAUAUUUGGAUAGUAGGGAAAAGGAAAGGAUUCUUACGGUGAGAGAUCCCCCAAGAGGGUUGGCUUUGUGGAACUUUUUGAGAUGGAGAUGGAAAGACCCUCGGGUUUUAAAUUUGGGGGUAGAUGAGGAAAGAUAUCUGAGCAACAUCCUAGAAAACCGUGAAGUCUCGUUCUCGAGGGAGGAGGAUGAAAUUGUCUGGUGCGGGUCCAAGAGUGGCUACUACUCUGUGAAAGUGGGAGUCUCUCUUUUGGAAAGCGAUGUCAGGACGAAGGAGUGGGAAUCUAAGGUGUGUUGGAACAAUGUGUGCCUUCUGAAAGCUGGAGCCUUUUCUUGGCUAGCUGGCAAUAAGUGGAUUCUCUCUGGAGAUCGUCUAAGGAAAAUGGGGUUUGUAGGCCCUUUUCGCUGUGUGCUAUGUGAAAAGGCAGAGGAGGAUGUGGACCAUCUUCUGCUAAAUUGUGAAUUCGCUCAGAAAGCAUGGCGUUUUGGGCUGCAGAGAUUGAAUUGGAAGGGCCCUAUGGCUGGGAACUUGUGUGACUGGUUGGAAUCUUGGCCAAUUUUGGGUAAGACUUCUAUCUUUGCCGCCAUAUGGAAGAUUUUGCCCUCUACUGUUUUAUGGGAACUUUGGAAGGAGCGAAACCGAAGAGUGUUUGAAGGAAAAGCGGAAAAUUGUAAGCGGUUUUUGUUGAGAUUGGAGAGGGCCAUUUCGGAACUGGUUUCUAAUGCUGGCUCUCAAGUGAAUUUAGCCAAGACUCCUUUUUCACAGUUUGAUGCUAGUUUUUUGUCAAGCUGGUCUCUGGUCAAAUUCAGGCCUGUUAAUGGGCUGUUGAGGGCUAAUCUUCAGAGGGCUUUGGGUGUUGGGGUGAUUUCUCAUGAUGAUCGGGGCAACACUCUGGCCAUUAGUGCUAAGAGAUUGGUGGAUGGAACGAACAACGUUGUUGAAUGUCAUGCAGCAUUAGAAGCUAUCCUAAUGGCUGGGAAAUUGGGGGUCAAGAAACUUCAUUUGGAAGGUGACUCUCAGGUUGUGGUGAAUGGGAUAGCUCGUGGGCGAAUGGAAGCGUGGCUUUUCGACAAGUAG